AUGGAUUCCACAAGUCUUUUCAACGUCAAGGGCAAAGUUGUGCUAGUCACCGGUGGAGCCAAAGGCAUCGGUCGCAUGAUCUCAGAGGGCUAUGUAACAAACGGUGCCACCGUCUACAUCUCAUCCCGUGAUGCAAAGGCAUGCGAGCAAGCAGCCAAGGAACUCAAUGCCCUAGGCAAGGGCAAAGCCCACGCCAUUCCGGCCAAUUUCUAUAAGCUGGAGGACGUGAAGAAGCUGGCCGAGGAGGUGGGCAAGCGUGAAGGCAAACUCCACGUCCUCGUCAACAACUCCGGCUCGAAUUGGGGCGCCCCAUACGAUGAAUACCCCUCCGAGGCCUUCACGCGAGUCCUCACCCUCAACCUCCACCGAGUCUUCGAUCUGACCCAGCUCGUUACACCGCUCCUAGAGAAGGCGGCUACACCGGGGGAUCCUUCUCGCAUCAUCAACAUUGGCAGCAUUGAUGGACUCCGUGUUCCCUCGCUCGAGACAUUCGCAUACAGUUCCAGCAAGGCCGGUCUGCACCACCUGAGCCGGGUGCUCGCCAACCACCUGGGCAAGCGAAACGUUACCUCUAAUACCUUGGCCUGUGGUCCUUUCGAAAGUAAGAUGAUGGCCGCUACCUUGGAGUCAUUCGGUGAUACCAUCAGGGCUGGUGUGCCUCUGGGCCGCAUUGGAACCCCGCAGGAUGUGGCUGGGUCUUGCUUGUUCUUGAGUAGCCGUGCCGGUGCAUUUGUGAACGGCGCCACUAUCACGCUCGACGGCGGAAGUGCUGUCUCUGCCAAGUUGUGAGCAGUUGUAUGAACG